AUGCAAGAAGGCGUUGUUGGCAUUAAAGAUACCACGGGUGCCGGGUGGGAAGUGGCUUUUCUUGAGUUGGUGACUGGUGACAUCCAGAUUGCCACUCGGUCCAUCAAGGAUAUCUAUCUCAAGAACCGAUCAGGGCUCGGCGGCUAUAGCACGGAGCAUUAA